AUGUCGGAUUUCGACAGUAACCCGUUUGCGGACCCGGAUCUCAACAACCCUUUCAAGGACCCAUCAGUUACACAAGUGACAAGAAAUGUUCCACCAGGACUUGAUGAAUAUAAUCCAUUCUCGGAUUCUAGAACACCUCCACCAGGCACUGUGAAAAUGCCCAAUGUACCUAGUACACAACCAGCAAUAAUGAAACCAACAGAGGAACAUCCAGCCUAUACACAGAUUGCAAAGGAACAUGCCUUGGCCCAAGCUGAACUUCUUAAGCGCCAAGAAGAACUAGAAAGAAAAGCAGCAGAAUUAGAUCGUCGAGAACGAGAAAUGCAAAAUCUCAGUCAACAUGGCAGAAAAAAUAAUUGGCCACCUCUUCCUGGCAAUUUUCCUGUGGGACCUUGUUUUUAUCAGGAUUUUUCUGUAGACAUUCCUGUAGAAUUCCAGAAGACAGUAAAGAUUAUGUACUACUUAUGGAUGUUCCACGCUGUAACACUGUUUCUAAAUAUCUUCGGAUGCUUGGCUUGGUUUUGUGUUGAUCCUACAAGAGGGGUUGAUUUUGGAUUGAGUAUCCUGUGGUUCUUGCUUUUUACUCCUUGUUCAUUUGUCUGUUGGUACAGACCACUUUACGGAGCUUUCAGGAGUGACAGUUCAUUCAGAUUCUUUGUAUUCUUCUUCGUCUAUAUUUGUCAGUUUGCUGUUCAUGUACUCCAGGCUGCAGGAUUUCAUAAUUGGGGCAACUGUGGUUGGAUUUCAUCCCUUACUGGUCUCAACCAAAGUAUUCCUGUUGGAAUUAUGAUGAUCAUCAUAGCAGCACUUUUCACAGCAUCAGCGGUCAUCUCACUAGUUAUGUUUAAAAAGGUACAUGGACUAUACCGCACAACAGGUGCUAGUUUUGAGAAGGCCCAACAAGAAUUUGCAACAGGUGUGAUGUCCAACAAAACUGUCCAGACUGCAGCUGCAAAUGCAGCUUCAAGUGCAGCAACUAGUGCGGCUCAGAACGCUUUCAAGGGUAACCAGAUGUAG